AAUACUAAAAAAGAAACAGUCCCAACCUGGGAUUCUCAAUACCAAACAAAACCCGACGGAAGAUGAGAUGGAAUACAGAUAAAAUCACAAACAGCAGACAACUAAAACAAAAGGAAAAGCAAUAUUAGCAAGAGACGAGAAUAGGAUGCAAUUUGAACACGAAUGGCAAUGGGAUGGGUGUGGCUUACCUCAAUACGUAUUAUGUACGGGUCAGGUAGGAUAAUAUUUGUGGCUCUCUCAAUACGAAACAAAAAUCUGACGUAAGAUGAGAGGGAAUACGAAUAGAAUCUCAAACAGCGGAUCACCAAAACAGAAGGAAAGCAAUAUUAGCAAGAGAGAAAAUACAUCAAUAUGUAUUAUGUACUGUUCAGGGCGGAUAAUAUAUGUGUAGGUACGAAGCGGGGUGAUCCAUUUUUAUAUGCUAUUUGAAACAAAGAGUAUAACAGGUACCCUUGAUAGUUAUAUAACCCUUGAAUGGAGUAUAAUGGGUGUCCUUGAAUUGGGCUAAUAGAUAUGUAUCGGGUAUAAUGGGUACCCAUACUACGCAAACGGGUGUUAGCGAGUAACUCGCAGGUAUCCAAUAUUGAAAAUUUCAAUCCCCAUAUCACAUCCAAUAAUAAAUAAUACGAGUAUUUGGGUACCGGUCAUAACCCUAAAAAAAAGGGACAAUUAUACCCAAAUACCGAUUUCCCGUUGUCCAUCCCUAUCCGAACCCUGAGCAGAGCUUGAUCAUGAUCCGAAAUGACCACCACAUAGAUCUACCACCGAACCCAGUGCUGACAGGUUUUAGAUCGGCUGUGAAUUUUACCCAUACAAUGGGUCGGGUAGGGGGACGGAUAGUGCAUAUCCGUUACCCUACCCAAAGUAGUUCGGGUUUUAUCAAUACCCAUACCCACAUAAGAAACGGGUAGAAAAUCCAAACCAUGCCCAUAUCCAUUCGGGUUUCGGGUAUCCACGGUUAUCCAUUGGUAAUAGUUUUCUUUAUAACUCCAACCAAUAUGUUAAUAUUUACACAUAUUCUCACGUUACAUAAGACGAAAAGUACAACAAUAAUUCACUAGAAUGAAGAAAAUUAAUUAAAACAACACAAUUUCAUAAAAAAAUUAUAUUUAGAGAAAAAUAUUAUUUAUUUCUAGACAAAAUACAUAUGCAUGUGUAUAAUCGGGCGAGUUCGGGUUGGAUAGUGAGAAAACCAUGUCCACCCAUUACCGCAAUAUUUGAGUUCGGGUUUUACCCAUAUCCACUAAAUGUCCUUCGAGUUCGGAUUUUACUCUACCCGAUUAAGUCGGAUUCCGGCGGAUAUCCACAAUUACGGAUUUUUUUUUGUUAGAAUGUUACGGACAUUUUUGCCAUUCUAAUCGUAAUUGAAUUUUGCAAAAACAAAAUUCUACCACUCGUGAAGUUGAAUUUGGAUUUAGAAAAAUCCAACCGGAGCCUUUUUCCCAUCCCAAGGAGCGCCCAAAAACCAGUUAAGGUUGGCCGGCGAAACUAAAAAGAGAAAAAUUGUCGCGUUCCAGAGAACGGCAAAUAAAUCUCACCGUCGAGGAUCUGCAAUCUGCUGUAACUCGUAGCACAAUCAAUUGUCGUCACUCCCGGAAAAGGGAAUCCGUCGGCCGGCCGAGUGCACUGCAACAGCACCGGUUGUUUUCUUUGUCCUUCCUUCUUGUCCUUCUUGCUAAUUAUUCGGCAGUCCGACGACUAUAAAUAGUAAGUGGUUGAGUACGGAAUCGAAUGGAACACCUUAAAAAUGGAGAACAUCAAUCACCACCAUUCUUCAGCUUCCCCAGCCUUCACACCAAGCCUGUUCUUCGAUGAGGGCUCCUUCCCCGAUUUCGCAAUCAUGGCGGAGCUUGACUCCCACAGUGGCUCCGAAGAGGGAGAAUACGAAGAAGAAGAAGAUGAGAAGCUCAACUAUGACGACAACCAGACGCAGCAGAAGCAGAUCUUCGAUCCCGGAGCCUGGUUCGACACCCUCAAAACCCGCCUUUCUCCUUGCAAAAUUGACCCCGAAUCGGGCGCAGACGGCACCCGAGAGUUCUGGACCAACGAAAUCAUCAAGCUCGCCGGAGCCAGAAUCUUACAAUCCAGGUCGCCGGCGCAAGGAAUCGACGUCCCCCACCUCCUCACCGGACUCACCCAGGAGGAAUCCAAUAACGUGGAGCUCAUGGAGUACCUCCUCGAGUGCGCGGAGAACGUCGGGAAGGGGAAAUUCGACCUCGCACUCCAGGUGCUCGACCUCUGCGACAGGUUCGCUUCUCAGACCGGCAGCCCGGUCCAGCGGGUCGGGUACUACUUCUGCAACGCCCUCCGCCAGCGGAUCGAAGCCCAAAAGACCAGCCGCGGCGGCGGCGAAUCGGUAGACGAUCAUCGGAAGCCGUUGGUGUCGGACGCGGCGGUGACGCUCCCGGACAAGAGCGUGAUGGAGUACCGGAACAGCGUGCCGUUCUACAGCGCCUCCCAGCUCGCCGCCGUCCAGAUCUUGAUGGAGAAUCUCGACGGAGAGAAGCGGAUCCACGUGGUCGAGCUCCGGAUCUGCUCCGGCGUGAUGAUGAUUGCGCUGAUGCAGGCUCUGUCGAGUUCCCCCAAUUCGAUCGAGAUGCUGCGGAUUACGGCUCUGGCGCACGACGCGACGGAGGAGCGGUUCAUCCACGGGUCGGGUCAGAGGCUGGUAGGGUUUGCUAGAGGGAUUGGGCUGCCGUUCUCGUUCAACGUGGUCCGGAUCUGGGAGCCGCCGUCGGCGGCCCACAAGGACAAGCUGGGCCUUGAGCCCAGGGAAGCAACGGUGGUACUUUCACAAUACGCCCUUAGCCGGAUGGUCGCGAAGCCCAACCGGCUGGAGGCGAUGAUGAAGCUGAUCCGGUCCAUCCGGCCACGGGUGAUGGUGGUCAUCGAGCUGGAGGCGAACCACAACGCACCCGAUUUCGGCCACCGGUUCGUCGAGACGCUGUUCACCGCCGGCGCGUACUUCGACUGCCUAGCUACUUGUAUGGAAGAGAAAGAGGAGGCGAGGACGGUGAUGGAGUCGUGGUACUUGAACGACCGGAUCAGGAACAUCCUGGUGGCGGAAGGGGAGAAGAGGGUUGUUAGAGAUGUGAAGAUUGGGGUCUGGCGGAAGUACUUUGCUCGGUUCGGUAUGCUGGAGAUUUCGGUUCGAGGGUUGGGUCUGCAGCACGCGAACCUGAUGAUUCGCAGCUCGCCAUUCGCGGGUUCGUACCUGGUUGCUCUGGAUCGCAAGAGCUUGAUGAUUGGGUGGAAGGAUAUGCCGCUGCUCUCUGUUUCUGCCUGGAAGUUUAUGAAGGCAAUACCUCACUAGCUAUGGCGACAGAGCUGUUGUAAUUUGAAUGGCUGAUUUUUUUGUUUUGAUCUUUAAUGGAUGGUAGUGUGGCUGAUGAAUGAUCCACUCGAGGCACGGGAUCAGGUGCGAACAUGGUAACGGGUUUCGACAGAGUGUCGUUCCUGUUCAUCUGACGACGUUACGCUUCUCAUGUCAUUCAAGUAGGAAUCAGACUACAGUUUGUAGUAGAUGUAUAACUGUAAACAAUAUGAACAAACUUUGAAUCAUAGG